GGGAGCUGCUGCGGCGGCGGUGACGGGGGCGGCGGCCGUGCGUCUUUGGCGGGACCAGCUUCGAGGCCGCGUCGUCUCUGCAGGCCGCCAUGGCUGCCGUCGACAGCUUCUACCUCUUGUACAGGGAAAUCGCCAGGUCCUGCAACUGCUACAUGGAAGCCCUCGCCUUGGUUGGAGCCUGGUACACGGCCAGAAAAAGCAUCACCGUCGUCUGUGACUUCUACAGCCUCAUCAGGCUGCAUUUCAUCCCGCGCCUGGUGAGCAGAGCGGACUUGAUCAAGCAGUAUGGAAGAUGGGCGGUCGUGAGUGGUGCCACGGACGGGAUUGGAAGGGCCUAUGCAGAGGAGCUGGCCAGCCGUGGGCUCAACGUCGUCCUGAUCAGCCGGAACCAAGAGAAGCUGCAGAUGGUCGCCAAAGACAUAGCUGACACCUACAAAGUGGAGACUGACAUCAUAGUCGCGGACUUCAGCAGUGGCCGCGAGAUUUACGACAUGAUCCGGGAAGCCUUGCAGGACAGAGACAUUGGCAUCCUGGUGAAUAACGUGGGUGUGUUCUACCCCUAUCCGCAGUACUUCACGCAGGUCUCUGAGGACACGCUCUGGGACAUCGUCAACGUGAACAUCGCCGCGGCCAGCCUCAUGGUCCACAUCGUGUUGCCAGGGAUGGUGGAGAGGAAGAAGGGCGCCAUUGUCACCAUCUCCUCCGGCUCCUGCUGCAAACCCACCCCCCAGCUGGCGGCGUUCUCAGCGUCUAAGGCUUAUUUAGACCACUUCAGCAGAGCACUGCAGUAUGAAUAUGCUUCCAAAGGAAUCUUUGUACAGAGUUUAAUCCCAUUCUACGUGGCUACCAACGUGGCCACCCCAGGCAGCUUUCUGCACAAGUGCCCGUGGUUGGUGCCUUCCCCAAAAGUGUAUGCACAUCAUGCUGUUUCUACCCUCGGCAUUUCCAAAAGGACCACAGGAUACUGGUCCCAUUCCAUCCAGUUUCUUUUCGCACAGUAUAUGCCUGAAUGGCUCUGGGUGUGGGGAGCAAAUAUUCUCAACCGUUCUUUGCGUAAGGAGGCCUUAUCCUGCAAAGCUUGAAGCCGGAUGAUGGUUGGGAAGUUUGACCAACUCGUGGGAGCCUGCAGUAUUCUACAUUUGGAGGGAUACAUGGAAUUUAUCUUCUGCAUUUUUUUUUCACGACUGACUAUUUAGCAUACUCUUGACUCAUCCUUUGCAAAACAAACAUAAACCUUUUAAGAGUGCUGUGGGAAAGCCUUCAGGGCCGCACGGAGGGCACAGAGUGAAUACCGACUGUGGCACGAGAACUGACGGAGGAAACCUAAAAUGUGAUGUGUGCUUUUGUUUUUUAAACUUUUCAGAAGUUGUGUGAUUUAUGUUGUUCUAGGAGCUCCAGUAAUACGAUACUGAAAUAUGAUAUAACUUGCCAGCUCUUACAGUCUCACAUGUUUCUUAAGGGAAAUUAUCAAUGUCAGUAGGUGAAUUAUAGCAUUGGUUUUCAAAUGUCCAUCAGGAAAGACUAUUGAAAAGUGUUAUUUUCUAGGUAAGAUUGCUGGUAUGAUUAGUGGA